AGGAUUGAAAUUAUGGAGGAAACGGAGAAGGUAAAGGUGGUUGUAAGAUGCCGGCCCAUUUCGCAGCAAGAGAUCAAUCAGGGCCAUAAAGUGGCCGUUCGAGUAUCUACAGAGGAUAAUUCGGUCAUUUUGGAGCAACUAAAUGGAAAAGAGGAGCCCCGAAGGACUUUCUUCUUUGAUGCUGUUUUUCCUCCUGACUGCGAUCAAAUGCGAGUCUAUAACGUCGCUGCGAGACCGAUCGUGGAAAAUGUGCUGAAAGGUUAUAACGGUACUAUCUUCGCAUACGGGCAAACUGGCACAGGGAAAACGUUCACUAUGACUGGAGAUUUGGAGAGAGCUGAGUUACAAGGAAUUAUACCGAACUCUUUCGCUCAUAUUUUUGACCAUAUUGCAAAAUGUCAGCAAGACAAAACUUUUCUCGUUCGUGUGUCAUAUCUGGAGAUCUACAAUGAGGAACUGCGAGACUUGUUAGCAAAAGAUGGACACGGAUCAAAUCUUGAGAUCAAAGAGAAAGCGGAUGUUGGUGUGUAUGUGAAAAAUUUGAUCUCAAUCAUUGUUGGAAGCGCUAGUCAGAUGCAAAAACUUAUGGAAUUUGGUAGCAAAAAUCGAAAAACUGGUGCUACAAAAAUGAACGAAGAGAGCAGUCGGUCACAUGCGAUGUUCUCAGUGACAGUUGAAUCAAGUGAGAAUGGUAUGGUAACUCAAGGGAAACUUCAUCUGGUCGACUUGGCCGGAAGCGAGCGACAAAGUAAGACUGGAGCACAGGGCGAACGGUUGAAGGAAGCUGCCAAAAUCAAUCUGUCUUUAUCCACACUUGGUAACGUGAUUAGUGCACUGGUGGAUGUGAAGUCGACUCAUAUUCCGUAUAGAAACUCCAAAUUGACUCGACUACUGCAAGAUUCACUUGGCGGAAAUUCAAAAACUGUCAUGAUUGCUAACAUUGGUCCUGCAUCAUACAAUUACGAUGAAACAUUGUCAACGCUGCGUUAUGCAAACCGUGCAAAGAAUAUUCAAAAUGUCGCCAGGAUUAAUGAAGAUCCAAAAGAUGCACAAUUACGAAAGUAUCAACAUGAAAUUGAGAUGCUGAAGAAGCAGUUGGCAGAAGAAGAAGCCGACAUGAAUUCUGAAAAUGAGUCCACUUGGGAGUUGCGUAUGCAGGAAAUGGAACAGAAUCUAGAGAAGACUCGAGAGGAACUUGCCGGUAGGGACGUCGAGGACGAAGAGACGAGGAAAUUGGUGCAGCAGAUGUUAGAUAGGGAGGCAGAACUAAAACGAGCAAGAGCUGAACAUGCUGAAUUGCGUGCCAAACUGAGUCAAAUGGAAAGCAGGCUAAUCAUUGGUGGAGAAAAUAUGUUGGAAAAGGCAGAAGAGCAAGCAAGACUUCUAGAGGAAAGCAAUCGCGAGCUAGAACUGUCACGAACACAUGAAUCUCGGUUGCGUGACCAGUUGAAGGAAAAAGCAGCAGCCAGAGAGGAUAUCGAAGAGAAAUAUUCUUCGUUACAAGAAGAGGCAGCCGCCAAAACCCGUCGCUUACGUCGUGUUUAUAAUGAGUUGUGCGAAGUUCGAACAGAGCUCGCUGAUUCUGAAGCAGAGCAUCAACGAGAAGUCGAGGGUCUUCUUGAAAGCAUUAGGCAGCUGAGAAAGGAAUUGCUCUUGAACAUGACGAUUAUCGAUGAGUACAUUCCUCCUGAUUAUGUUGAACUCAUAGAAAAAUACGUGAGCUGGAGCGAAGAAAUGGGAGAUUGGCAGUUGAAUGCUAUCGCCUAUACUGGUAACAACAUGCGAGCUUCAGCCCCUCUUCCCAUACAACCAUACCAGCUCGACGCCAACCAGUCAAUUCCACUAUUUUAUUCGUAUAAAACAGAUUUGGGAGCAACUUCGACUGCUUCAAGGCCUCGUACUAGAAGCGGCAAAAGGGAACGAAAUGCUGCGAAGGCGUCAAAAGUGAAGGUUGGGAUACUGGUUGACUGCAUCAGCGGGAGACGUGGAGACUCGGCCGCCAGAGUAGGCGUCCUUUGGGGGACAAGACUUGGCCUUGAUCUUGGCACCGUCUUUUCCAUGAUAAGACGUGAUGUCCGGUGA